AUAGACGUUUGACGCUAAUAUGACAGCAAGGGUAUAAUAAUAUAAUAAUAAUUUCGAGAGCCGCACGCUUGACUCCGCAACAGCUUUCUCCGGGCCUGAUCGAGCACAUUUAUCCUAUAGAGAGAGAAGCACACCGGCGGAAAAACGGAGAGACAGGAGCGGUCCGGUCCGAUAUGGGCAAGAACACCAGCUGUUGGAAAAUUGAUUCUUAUUGAUUGACUGUGUUAAUCUUGUGACAAUAGAACGACUUGUGCGGGACCCUAGAUAGUUUACAUUCGAUGACCAACCAUAUUGCUUUAUAUGGUGAGUGAGUGGGCGAAGCAGGCUUUGCCACAGGGGUGUCAUGGUUACGUAAGGUUGCAUCGAGUGAUUUUGUUGUUUUGUUUGUUGUGUGUUUGUAAAUGGAUUUAGUAGGCUCCCUAAUGGUAAUACAUUUACAACUUCGACAAAUCUCGUGGAACUAACAUAAACUUUAAGGGUGUUGGCUGUCUGUUCUGGACUCGUAUUGUUCAUUAUUUGUUUAUUUUUGUAAUCCUUAGAAUUAACUCGGGGGCAUGGUCGACUCUUAAAAAAAAAAAAAAAAUGGUGAUAGAAAAAAUACUUUCACAGUUUUACAAGCACACAAUGGUAAACAAGACGGCAGCGAAUCGUCUCUCUAUCUAUCUCUCUCUCUCUGUGUGUGUGUGUGUGUGUAAAAAAAAGAUAUCGGCGGGGAGCGGGCAGCGGCUUGUAGUUUUAAAUUCGACCUGACAGCUCGCGAAAGGGCCGUGAUGAAUCGCCUAUUAGAAUCACUCUAUUCGGCGCGCACCUCGUCCCCCGUAAAUUGGAAAACAUCCCUUUAAACGUUUAGGGCGGAGCGAGGACUGGGGAAACCGCCGGUAACGGCAGACCGGUGGGGGUGUAGCCUAAUCUUAGCCCGUAAUUUCCGAAGAGUGAACGAAAUGUUCCUUUCCUCAAAGAAAAAAAGAGCGUAAGAGAGAGAAAUGUGACCCUCUUUGAACUGAUUAAGCUUUUCUUUCGCCAAACCUUCCCCGUCUGUCCUCGCUCAUGGCCGUGAUGCUGUGAUUACCGGAGUCCCGCGCACUCUGUUGUGACAGUGCUGAUAUUGUUUAUUGAGGUGGUUGUCAGGGGUAAUUAGCAAUCGAUAUGGAAAACGGUUUAAAGCCACGUCUCUGACGUCAGCGUCGAUUAGCGUUUUCUUAUUGGUCCCUAAACUGCCAGCUCCUGGGCCGGAUUCCUCACGGAAGGAGAGGAGGUGGGAGGCCCUCUUGUUGACAAAGUGAGGGGAAAAAUCUGCUGCGCUCACGCGCCUCUCCUUCAUUCCGAGCGCGGCAUGUCCACGUCUCGGCCCUGCUGCGUCCACUGUCCGCCACCGCUCGUGCAGCUGCCGCCGCCGCCGCCGCCGCACGCGCUCUGAGGAGUUCACGACGGCCGAGCCUUGCCUCGUGCCCCACCGCCGCCCCCCCGGCGGCCGCCACUGGAAAAAUGAUGGAUAGUCGGAUGCUCGAGCACUCCCAUGCGCCGUUCGGGAGCUCUUUGGGCGGCAUGGUCGGGGUGGGAUUCCCCUACCACCUUGGUCAUCACCACGUUUACGAGCUGGCCGGGCACCAGCUGCAUUCAUCCGCCGCCGUUCCAUUCUCCAUAGACGGAUUAUUGAACAGCUCCUGCUCGGCGUCACUGGCGAACGCAAACCAGCUCCUAUCGUCCGGCGGCUGCGGUUUAAACGGCGACAAUCAGCACUACAAGCUCACAGACUCAGGAGACCCGGAAAAGGAUAGCCCGGGCUGCAAGCGGAGACGAACGCGCACGAACUUCACGGGCUGGCAGCUGGAGGAGCUGGAGAAGGCCUUCACGGAGAGCCACUACCCCGACGUGUUCAUGCGCGAGGCACUGGCGCUGCGCCUCGACCUCGUAGAGUCGCGAGUCCAGGUGUGGUUUCAGAACCGGCGGGCCAAGUGGCGGAAGAAGGAGAACACCAAGAAGGGCCCGGGCCGCCCGGCGCACAACGCCCACCCGACCAGCUGCAGCGGCGAGCCCAUGGACCCGGAGGAGAUCGCCCGCCGCGAGCUGGAGCGCCAGGAGAAGCGGAGACGCAAGCAGGAGCGGAAGCUGCUCCGCUCCAACGCCAAGCUGGCGGGCGGCGCGGGCGCCGUGGACCUGCUGCUGCUCUCGCCCGGCUCCGACAGCGACAGCGGCGUGUCGCACAGCACCGACGGGGAGGCCACACCCACGCCCACGCAGAGCUACGCCCAGCGGACCCACGGAUUCGGCGGUGUCGCCGCCGCGGCGACGCCCGCCUACCAGCAGGGCCUGACGGAGAGCCCGGCCUCGGGGGGACGAGGGGGGGGCGGCGGCGGCGCCCGCAUUCCGAAGCCCAGCCCCUUCAGCGUGGAGUCCCUCCUCUCGGACACGCCCCCCAGGAGAAAGGCGCUGUCGUCGCGAGAUUUCGUCCCCCGCGGCACGCCGCUCGUGGGCAAAGGCCACUUCCUCCUGUACCCCAUCACCCAGCCUCUGGGGUUCCUGGUUGCCCAGACCUCCGGUAGAACCGCCGCGGAACCCGAGCAGACCUGCGGACAGCAGGACGAGGCUGGAGGCCCCUCCCCCACGCAGGACAUCGGAACAUUGGGGCUUCGGGACUGCGACUUGCCAAACCGGACCCCUCCGGCACGGACCUCUAUGGCACAGACGCCUCCGAUGCGCUCGGUGUCCGCCCAGUCCGUCUCCCAACCGGGGCUAUCGCCUGCCGUCGCCACGGAGACCAUGCACCUCCACGCCUCACCGCACGCCUCCCCAAACCUGUCCGAGUGUUCGGACUGCACAAAGACCUCCAGCGCCACGGACGCCCCUGCGGGCACAGACCUACGUGUGGGCAGAGACACGGGCACAGACCUAAGUGUGGGUAGAAGUACGGAGAGAGAGAGAGAGAGAGAGAGAGAGAGAAAUCUUAAACAUUCCCAAAGUUGAAACACAAAAUAUCAACAUGACUGUUUUUCCUAUUUUUUAUUUUUUUUUUGUAAUUUUUUGUAAAAAAAAAACACACACAUGCCAGAUUGUUUGAGCUCAAUUCUUACACUUUUUAAAGAACGGAUAUUCCAUCAUUUUGGGUUCAGAUUUAACUCGCGCUGAACAGGACGAACAACUGGAAUCCUCAAACGGUGUAUAAAUAGAGAGUUAAAAAAAAAAAACUAUUUAUAUAUGUAACAUUUUGGAUAAUAAAAAAUAUUGUUA